AUGUUUGCCGCAAAAAAACAGGGCUUUAACGCAGAUGAAACUGAAGUCGGAGUGAAAGUGACGGUUUCUCAGGAGUACGCCCGAGAAGGACAAUUUCCCUGGACGGUCGUCCUCUUCAAGAACGGCCGGUUUUUGGGCGGCGGCUCCCUGAUUUCGGAGAGGGUCGUGCUGACCGCUGCCCACCUGCUGGUUGAUAUCUCCAAGGAAGCGCUCUCAGUUCGGGCUGGCGAGUGGGACCUGGCUUCCGCAAGCGAGACUGUGGACCCCGAGGAGCGCAAUGUGUCGUCGAUCGAGUUGCACGAGGGCUUUCGAUACUCCAACGGGGUCAACAACAUUGCGCUCCUGUACCUCGACCGACCUUUUGAGCUGAACGACUUCAUCAGGCCCAUCUGCUUGGCCAACAGGGAGUGGCCGAGUCGGCCGAAUCGUCCGAAUCAUCCGAGUCGGCCGGACCGGUGCCAGGUCGCCGGAUGGGGAAAGCGCUCCUUCUCGGACCCGCACCACUCCAACAUAAAGCGGCAGGUGAAGCUGCCCCUGGUAGACAGGGAGAGCUGCCAGUGCCUAUUGAGGCGGACCCCCCAGUUGGGCCAAAGUUUCGAGCUGCCCGAGAACAUGAUUUGCGCUGGCGGAGAAUACGAGAAGGAUGCCUGCGUGGGGGACGGAGGAUCUAGCCUCUUCUGCUCCCUGGACGGGGAGUUCCAGCGCUACGAGCAGAUCGGCAUCGUCGGCUGGGGCGUCAAGUGCGGCCAACAGGACGUUCCGGCCCCCUACACGGAUGUGUCCAAGUUCCGGGACUGGAUCGACCGCAGCCUCGCGAGGCACUGUCACGAACCCCUCAUCGAUUGCCAGUAUAUGGUUCCCAGGAAACUCUAA